UCCUGCCCGAGUUAGCGAGUUUCUCGGCGUCGACUUGCCUCCGGAAGAAUGAAGUAGGGGCUGCAACCUCACCGGCCUACCAGGGGCGAUGGCGGCGGCGCCGCCAAACGCGAGCAUGGGGCUGCUCAACCUCGGCGGGUCUGGGGUUUUGCUCCCCUCUUUGCAGUCUAAUUCUUGCCCGCGCCGCGGGUUCUUGGUCCCGAGAAGGGACACCUCGGUGAGUUGGGGCUUGGUGAGAAGAGGCAGGGUUCUCGACCCCCGUUCCGGCGCUGCGGGUGCGUUGGCCAGCAGCGAGGCCGGCGCCGGUUCGUCGGAGCUGCGGCACAUCGAGAAGGAGCUCACUUUUAGCCCCACGUUCACCGACUAUGUGAAGAUGAUGGAGUCGGUGAAGCUGGACAGGAGCAAGAGCUUCCAGGGAGGUGAUUCGGAUGGCCGGAGCCCGAGGAGGAGGUUCGCGGGCGACGGUGAUGCAUCGGCUGGCCGACGAGUGGGUAGGGAGUCAGCUGAUCCAAGGGAUAAAUCAUUUGAAAGGAAAAGAGGGGCUCUGAGGGACAGAGGGAGAUCGGCGAUGAAUGACAGUGCUGGAUUGGUGGGCAAACAAAUGGGGCGUGAUGCUGAAAAUGGCAGUGAUGGUCAGAGGAAUGUUCAAGAGUAUGUACAGAGAAGAAUAGUUCGAGGCGAGCGGAGUGAAUUUGGGGGUGCUACUGAUAACAAUGGCAAGCAGUUUGCGCCAUUUGAGAGGAAAAGGGGAGCUCCUAGGGACAGAGGGGGUGACCAAGGCAGGAGAGAGAGGUCGCAGAUGAAUGAUAGUGCAGAAGAAUUUACUGGAUUGGUGGGGAAACGAAUGGCGCGUGAUGCUGAAAAUGGCAGUGAUGGUCAUCAGAGAAAUGUUCAAGAGUAUGUACAGAGAAGAAUAGUUCGAGGCGAGCGGAGCGAAUUUGGGGGUGCUACUGAUAACAAUGGCAAGCAGUUUGCACCAUUUGAGAGGAAAAGGGGAGCUCCUAGGGACAGAGGGGGUGACCAAGGUAGGAGAGAGAGAUCGCCGAUGGAUGAUAGUGCAGAAGAAUUAACUGGAUUGGUGGGGAAACGAAUGGCGCGUGAUGCUGAAGAUAGCGGUAAUGGCCAGGGAAAGGUUGAGGAAUAUGUACAGAGAAGAAUAGUUCGAGGCGAGCGGAGAAAAUUUGGGGUCAGUACCGAUAACAAUGACCGCAGCCAGUUUGCACCAUAUGUCAAGACUAAAGACACUAGCGGUAGCAUGGUUGCUCGUGAAUCACCAGGGAAUAUGCGUGACCAGUCCAAUGCACGGAAGGAUUUACAAGGACGGGCAACUUCUGCUGCAAGUCGUACUUCUGUCACGCGGGAUAGCAGCAUUAUAUUCACCAAUUCUACAAUAAAUAAGGGGAGAGAAGAUUUUACGAAUGCAAGAAGUAGUCCUAGAGAGAGACAAAUUUCCAAUAGCGAGGUCAAUGCUGACAGUAAUUUUCAAAGAUACCAGCAUAGAAAAGAAAGCUCAAGAAGAGAUCUUGUAGACGGUAGGUUUAGAGAUAAUGACAUGGACUAUAGCAAGCCUACUGUAAGUAAAAGAUACAGUAAUACACAUACAGUGUCUGAGAACUAUGGUCAUCGAAGUGAUAGUUUCCAACGUGGAAAACCUGAAACAAUUCGAAUGCAGAGAGGCGAAAAUGUUCAGCCGGGGAAAUUUGUUAGGAGGGAUUCAAUUGAUGAUAGGGCUGCUUUCAAGACUUUUGAGGCAUUCACUGAUGUCAGGAACAGGCCACGGGCACUUCAAAUGGAAAUAGAAGAGAAAAUUCAGAAAUUAGCUAGCAGGCUCAAUGCUACAGAUGUAAAUACUCCAGAGUGGAAAUUCUCCAAGAUGAUUCAUGAUGCAGAAAUCAAAUUCACCGAUCACUCUAUACUAAGGGUUGUUCAAAUAUUGGGGCGUUAUGGAAACUGGAAACGUGUUUUGCAAGUUGUCGAGUGGCUUCAAUCACGUGAAAGAUUCAAGUCCGACAAGAGCAGGUAUAUUUAUACAACAGUCCUUGAUGUUCUUGGGAAGGCAAAGAGACCUUUCGAGGCGUUGAAUGUAUUUUACACCAUGCUGGAUCAAUUGUCCUCUUAUCCUGACAUUGCGGCCUAUCAUUGUAUUGCCGUUACUCUGGGGCAAGCUGGCCUUGUGAAAGAACUAUUUGAUGUGAUUGAUUGCAUGCGUUCUCCUCCUAGGAAGAAGUUUAUGGUUGGUCAUGUUCAGAAUUGGGAUCCUCGGUUGGAACCAGACCUCAUUGUAUACAAUGCGGUUUUGAAUUCUUGUGUGCAACAAAAGCAAUGGGAAGGGACAUUCUGGGUGCUGCAACAGUUGAAAGAGAAGAAUAUUCGCCCAACAAAUACAACAUAUGGUCUUGUAAUGGAGGCGAUGCUUGUUUGUGGCAAGUAUAACUUGGUGUAUGAGUUCUUCGACAGGGUGAAGCAAAAAUCAAUACCUGGUGCGUUGAACUAUAAAGUUCUCGUAAAUGCGCUUUGGAGAGAAGGAAAGAUUGAUGAAGCAGUCAUGGCCGUGAAGGACAUGGAAAAUCGUGGAAUUGUUGGUUCCGCUAGUCUCUAUUAUGAUCUUGCUCGGUGCCUUUGCAGUGGAGGGCGGUCCAAAGAAGCACUUCUCCAGGUUGAGAAAAUAUGCAAGGUUGCGAAGAAACCACUGGUUGUUACUUACACAGGACUUAUUCAAACUUGCAUAGACAGUGGAAGCAUGGAAAAUGCUAAAUACAUAUUCAACGAAAUGUGCAACUACUGUUCACCUAAUAAUGUUACUUGCAACAUCAUGCUGAAGUCAUACAUAGAUCAUGGAAUGUUUGAAGAUGCAAAAAAUCUACUGGAGAAUAUUCUAAGUGGCAGGAUUCAGAGUAAAGGGGAUUCGGGUCAACAAGCAAUUGCAGACAAGUUUACUUUCAAUACUUUCAUGGACGCUUGUGCUGAAGCAAAAAAGUGGAAUGACUUUGAGUAUGCAUUUCGCAAAAUGUUAUCUAAUGGCUACCAUUUUGAGGAACGAAGGCACCUCCGUAUGGUACUUGAUGCCUACAGGAAUGGGAAGGAACAGCUUCUGGAAGAUGUAUGGGACUACCUGUGUCGUCAUGGCCGGGUUCCACCCGCCCCUAUGAUAAUGGAAAGAUUUUGCCUAAAACUGAGACAAGGUGACACAGCGACAGCACUCUCGUGCAUCACUAGCUUCCAGGAGAGCAAGAUACACACAGUUUCCUCUAUGUCGUGGUUCAACUUGCUAAACCGAAACUCGGAUCGCCUGAAGGAGGAGAGUAUCGUCAAUCUAGUCCAUGAACUCAAGAACGAACUCGCAGCCUCAGGUAGCUCCUGCGGCUCUUUGUACCAAAAUGUACUCAGUAGUUGUACAGAGUUCCUUUCUGGUGGAAAGACUCCUUCUGAUGGACAUAUACCUUUAUGUAAUUCUUGACUGCUUUGUUAGCCUAUUGUUAUUCAUAGUUCGGUUUAUCGGUGAGAAACCACUGGUUUGGUUACGACUUCAUGCUCUUUCCGAAUGAAAUGCUUGUGGAAGCUGUUCAAGGCUGACUGAUAGUAUAAUAGGCCGGGAAUUGCACACUAGCACUUUGUUGGUUGGUUGCUGACUUCUUGUUGCCGUUGGAUAUUGGGAGGGAGAAGUAACUUUGACACUGUCUCGUUGGUUAUCAUUUAUCAUUGGGCCUUAGUGAUA